AUGAGCUCUGCUGGAGACGAAGAGCGCACUGCUGCGAGCGGAGAACAGAUCCGCCCGCCGGUGCAGGAGGGCAGCGAUGCGGAGCUUGCAUGUUUGCAACUGCAGGCCUCACGAUUGGCGGCCCUGGUGGAGGAGUCGGCCAACAAGAGCCCCUGCAGCCGCACGGCGGAGGCGGGGGAUUUCUCCAGUAGCAAGCGAGAGAUGGUGGGCAAGGACCAUGGCACUGGAAGGCGGCUGGGCCAGCAGAUCGGGAGCGAAUCCUGCGAGACCAGNUGUUUGCAACUGCAGGCCUCACGAUUGGCGGCCCUGGUGGAGGAGUCGGUGAAAAGGAGCCUGGCAGCGGAUGCAGCUAGUAGGGGCGGCUGGAUUGCCGCCACCGUAGGCCAACAAGAGCCCCUGCAGCCGCACGGCGGAGGCGGGGGAUUUCUCCAAUCGGGAGCGAAUCCUGCGAGACCAGCCGGAGUGGGCCCGGGCAUACGACCGGACUACGGGGAAGCGAGGGGGUUAAACCCCCCAGGACUGGACGGCCAACUGAUCGGCAACAACGAGAGACAUGCACCUGUCGGCAGCCCAAACGUGCCAAGCUCGGAGCUGUACCGCCUCCAAUACACCAGCGACGAGUUCCAGAGGGGCCUCCAAGCGAUCCAUUUUGCGACCACUGCCAUCGUCAGAGAAGCCGACAAGGCGAUCGUGAACAAAUGCGAGACCGCAAAAGAGAUCCUCGCGGAACUCGACAAAAUCUACGAUCCGGAAUUGCAGGGCUCGAAACAAGCCCUCACGAAGCAAAUGUUCAACUUCCCGAUCCCCACACACAGCAGCAGAAACCCCAUCGAGCUCCUGUACUUGCUCGAGCUGCUGUACUCACGCCCACGCGAAAAAGGGCUCAACGCUGACGCACCCUUUGUACUCGCCCACUUCGUUGGUUCCCUCCCACCCGAGUACCAACAAGCGAAGUUCCUGUUGGAGACAGCAACGGCGCUGGAUACGGCCGAGAUCGUCAGAAACGUGAGCACGGUGCACGCGAGUCUUCCGGAGGGGAGGAAGGCCUUGAAGGGCCAGCGGAGGGCGGAGCACGCUCUCCUCGCGAGCGACGGUAGCGGUGGGGGAGGAGGGCCGGGCCGCGGCGACGGCGGCCGCCGCAAGGGUGGCGGCGGCGGCGGCAACCAGAAGGGGAGAGGGAGUGGCGCGCAGGCUGGUGGCGGCUGCGGAGGCGGCGACGACGAUGCGGGUAGCAUGCGCGGUCGCUGUUUCCGGUGCGGCAAGAAGGGCCACCAGGUGGCCGACUGCACCGAGAGCAAGCCCGUGCGAUGUGAGACAUGCAAGGACUACGGGCACGACAAGAGCAAGUGCCCGACCGAGGGGGCGGUACUCGUGGUGGAACGGGCGGCGGGGGAGGGCGAACAUGCCUAUGCCGCAAUUGCUCCUGGCAACGCGAAAGCGUCCAGCACCCCCGUUGACAUCAACGAUUUCCACUGCGCGCACGGCCACUCCCACGAGGUGCUGCUGAGGACCACGGCGAAGGAGCAGGGGACGGCGCUGGUGGGCGAGCUCCGGGAGUGCCUGGGGUGCUCGACGGCGAAGGGACUUUCCAAGCCCAUCCCCAACAAGACUUCGACCCGAGCAUCGCUGCCUCCCAUCGCAGAGGAAGAAGAGGAAUUCGCGACUGAGGAGGACGAGGUUGGGGAGGGCGCGUCGAGCCACGGUGGAGGGAGGACAAAGGGAGAAGCUGUGGAUGGAGGACCAAGUUUCAACCUUGGCACGACGGCAGCCCCAGGGCCCGCGGGGCCUCCCGCCCGUGGAGGCGCGAGUGUCGCCCCAUCUACCACGUCGACCGGCACCGCCGAUGUGGGCGGCGGCGAGGACUACCGCCGCCGCCGCCGCAGCAGCAGCAGCGGUAGCGGCGGCAGCAGCAGCGGCGAUGACGGCGGCAGCGACAGCAGCAGCGGCAGCGACAGCGAGACGGACCUCCCGGCGCUCCGCGGGCCAGAGGCCCGGCGACUCGCUCGCUUCGACAAGCCGGCGGAACUCACCAGCCGCCGCACCAGGGAGAACCCUCGCCGAAACCCGAGGUACGAGUCGCCCCCGUCGCCGACAAGUGCCGAGGCCCUGCUCGCCUCGGCGGCGAGCCUGCCCGUCAGCAGCACGGAGGAGUUCACCAGCUGGAUGCUCUCGGCGGUACUUCACGUGGCGGAAGGGCUAGAGGCAAGGGCGGUGCGAGAGUUGCUGUUCGAGCGCGCGGAAGAGACCCACCCUGCGCGCCAAGAGGCGGAGGACUUCCUGCUGGGUACGGUGGACCUCAUGCUUAUCUCGCCAGACGCCUUCGAGACGGCUCUGGCGUCCCACGAGCUAAGUGAAUCCCCCAUAGGCCCGAAGCGAGAUGACGAGAAGGGAGGAGAGUGGCCGGUGAGGGAGGCGAUCGGCAGCAUGAUGUGGGUGUCAACGUUCUCGCGUCCAGACGUCUCGUUCGCCGUGCGUGCGGUAGCGCGCCACGCCCACGGCCCGGCGAAGAGGCACUGGGACGUCAUCCGGAAGAUCCUCGGCUACUUGAAGGAGACGAGGGACCUCGGCUUCCAACGGGGAUGGAAAUUAGGACUGGCCGUGUACGUGGACGCUAGCUACGCCGACACGGAGGACAAGCGUUCGGUGUCAGGGUUGCCGAUGGCGGGUGGAGGUCGCACGAAACACAUCGACGUUAGGUUCCAUUUCAUCCGUGGAUUGUUUAGGUCGGGGGAUAUUUCGGUCAAGUUCGUUCCGACGACGGAGCAACAAGCGGACUUCCAAACCAAGGCCCAUAGCAGGGCUAGUCUGCAGUACCACUGGCGCAAGUUGAUGAAUUUGCCGGAGUAGCUGUAGCAGUUUCUAGCACUUGGGAGAGGUCAUGUUUUCCAUGCGGGGAAAGGCGCAUAGCUGUUGCGGUCUGUGUACCAAUGUCAGGAGUAGGGGGCGUUGGGAGACCAUCGUCCGGGGGAACGUUGUUCCUCGCGUUCUUGUCUUCGCCUUGGCCUUUCUAAUAAGUGCGGCCGUUGUGAUCCGCUGUGAUAGCGACGGUUUUUGUGGUGGUAGGGUUUUUUCGAGGGGUUUUGCCCGGACG